UACUAAUCCACUAACCCUCCUCCUUCGUGCUUAUAAGAAUCAACUUCACUCCCAUCUCUUCUUCAAAUUCAACUAACCAACAAAAAAAUGGCUUAUUCUUCUGCCGCUAUUACUGCGCUGCUCUUCUACUCCACCAUUACAACUCUCACCUCCUUUAGCCAAGCAACACCACCAGGUCUCAUUUUAACCCUAGUCAACAACUGUCCUUACACGAUCUACCCAGCAAUCCAGCCCAACUCAGGCUCUCCAGUCCUUGAAAAAGGAGGCUUCCCUCUUACAACCCUUACUCACCGCUCCUUCCCAGUCCCUAACCACCACUGGUCCGGUCGGAUCUGGGCCAGGACUGGAUGCACCCACUACAACGGCAAGUUCCACUGCGCCACUGGUGAUUGCAAUCAUCAGAUAGAAUGCAACGGCCUUGGUGGAGCCACCCCCGCUACACUAGCACAGUUUAGCCUCCACCAUGGCCACAAUGACUUCUCUUCUUACGGAGUUUCUUUAGUUGAUGGGUUUAAUAUCCCUAUGACAGUUACUCCACAUGAAGGUAAAGGGGUUUGUCCUGUUGUUGGCUGUAGGGCAAAUCUGCUCGCCACGUGUCCGGCUAAGUUGCAGCUGAGAUACCCUGCUGGUCAUGGUCCGGUGGUGGCGUGUAAAAGUGGGUGUGAAGCGUUCGGGACAGAUGAGUUUUGCUGUAGGAAUCAUUACAAUAGUCCACAGACCUGUAGAGCAUCAAGUUAUUCUCAGUUUUUUAAACAUGCUUGUCCUGCCACCUUUACAUAUGCUCAUGAUAGCCCUUCUCUCAUGCAUGAAUGUUCUUCGCCACGUGAGCUUAAAGUUAUUUUCUGCCACUAGAAGACGUGAACAUGAAUAAUAGUUAGUUGUAUUUGGAGCGUCUACUGUUUGUUAUGUCAAGUGAGAAAGAGAAGAGAGAGAAGAAGAAGAUGGAAUGUAAUGUAAUCUUGUAUAAUUAUGAUUUUGAAUGAUUGUGUUUUUAGUUA